AUGGCCGACCAGUGCAUUGUGUGUCUGGACAAUCUAGACACCGCGGGCGCUGUGCAUCCCCCACUGCUCCCUUCUGGCAGCUCCCCAGACUCGGCAGCGUCAGAGGAGCCAGACACUGCACCCGCGACAGUGCCCUCGAGCACUAUCACCGCGACAAUUUCGACGCCCAAACACCACGAUAACCACGACAAUGUUGCCAUCAUCGAGGUCUGCGGCCAUAUGCUACAUGACACAUGUUUGCGUGAAUGGACUGGCAAAGCAAAUAGCUGCCCCAUUUGCCGGCAAUCAUUCCACUUGGUACAGGUGUACGAUAAGGUUGGAGGUAAACUCCUUUCCACUUAUAAUGUCGAAGACAAGAAACAAGUCGCCGAGUUUGAUCCGCAGGCAUGGCUCGACGACAACCCCGAGGAGGAGGAAGAGGUGACGCCCUGCCCCGUCUGCAACCUGGCAGAUAACGAGGAUGUGCUUCUCCUAUGUGACGGGUGCGAUACUCCGUAUCAUACAUAUUGCAUCGGGCUGGAUGGUGUUCCAGCGGGCUCCUGGUUCUGCAUGGAAUGUGCAGAGCUUCUGGGGCCAGACGCCCAGGCUCCCCCACCACAGCCGUCCACCGCAAGGACAGGAGGGAACCGGCGACGUGCUGGCUUCUUUCCUCGAACUCAAGCCAGCAUGAGACGCGCGAGGCAACGGGCGCGGUCAGAUGAGUGGCAAGGCGCUUGGGGUCAAAUCACCGGGCGCAUAUGGGACAUACUCGAGAUCGAUCUCGACCUCCAUGACGAGGAGGGCUUAGAAGAUUACCGCACAUCACAACGGAUGCACGAACUCGAGCUACGCGAGUUCCAGAGAUGGCAGCAACGCCUCAACAUUGCCCGCGAGAACGGUGCUCAGGAUGUCUUUGCCCGCAACAUCCCUCACGCUCUCCUGCAACAUCAGCAAGUGAGCCACGCUAGGCAGCCACCCCAGCCGCCUGCCGAAGAGACGAGGGAAGAGAGGAGAGCUUGGGGGGCUCUAGACAGGGCAAGGGAAUCCGAAGCAGCGAGUCCGAGUAGCAGGAAGCGUAAGUCGCGUUCUGUGACCGCCUCGCCGGCAGAGCCCGCCCCCGAGCCCGAGCGGCGCCUCAAGCGUCCACGCACCAGACGGAUCGGUGCCCCGAGUAACGCCUCGUCCGCCGGCGAAUCUGCCUCCCAGGCGCCCUCCAGAAUGAGCAGGAAUGGCGCUCCUGUUGCAGCAGCCCCUACUGCCAGGUCGCCUGGGCACAACGAGGAAGCCCCUUCUUUCCUCUCGUCACUCCUUCGAGAAGUUGAGAUGAGCACCCCAUCUGAUGACGAAAAUAUCCGGUGUCUGUUCGGCGAUAACCGGCCUGCUGUUGAUCCAUCGUCCCCCGGUUCUUCACCCGCAGCAUCAGCGCACAAUAGUCCUCGCGCUCUGUCGACCACACCUCCGCCGAUGAGAAGUGUGAGACCGAGCUCUCCCACGUCACUCAGCUCGCAUAUCGAACCCAUUUACCCCCCUGCCAACUACUCACCGACGAGGAAGCCGGGUGAGCCGAGCGAUCCCGAACAACGCCAGACCAACGGGGCAGGGCCUUCAGAACUACGCCAACCCAGACCCAGACGACAGCAGCCCCUUGUUCUCCGUCGGUCUCCCGAUUCUUCGCCUACCCGGCCCAACUUGUCUCUUGAAACGAAGGAGAAUAUCAGCAACAUUGUUCGAUCUGUCCUGAAGCCACAUUGGAAAGGGAGCCAGCUGACAGCUGACCAAUAUGCGGCUAUUAACCGCGACGUCUCCCGGAAGCUCUACGAGGAGGUAAUAGAUCCGGCCGCUAUCGACGAAGAUGCCCGGAGGACUUGGGAGAAAAGAGCUGAGAAAGAGGUCGCCCAAGCCAUCGCAGAGCUUAAGAGCUGA